UCAUCCUCUUCUCAGAUCCCAAGCCAAUAUGGAUCGAAAUCGAAUGCAGAAAAUUACUCCGAAUCCCAAGAACUACUUUGUGCUCCAUCGUAUCAUCGUCUCAUCGCUCGUCUUGCUGCUGUCAUGUACGGCGGCGAGCGGCCAGCAAGCCCCGUACAAGCCACUCAUCUCCCGGCUCGCCAAGGACCUCGACACUUCCCUCUACACCAUCACCAUCAAGGCCGACAAGUCGCCGCUCCUCCUCGACCUCGCCGGCUCGCUGGUCUGGUCAACUUGCCCGCCGUCGGCGCAGAGCACUGUGGCAUGCGGGUCCGCUGAGUGCGGCGGCGCGGCCAGCCAGGAGUGCCCACGCCGCUGCCUGCACGUGGACGGCGGCCAGUUAGGGGACUCGGGGUCGAGUUGCGCCUGCGCCGGCAACCCGGUCACCCGCCAGUGCUCCACCGCCGGCCUCACGAGCUUGGCGAUGUCGGCCAACGCCACCGAUGGCGCGAUGGAGCUUCCCCCGGAAGAGUCCUUCGCCAUCCUCGGCGCGUGCGCGCCGGACAGCCUGCCGAGGUCGCUCCCCGCGGGCGUCACCGGCGUGGCCGGGUUCUCCCGGCGCCCGCUCUCGCUACCGUCGCAGCUCGCCGCGCAGCGCGGCUUCGGAGGUAAGUUCGCCCUGUGCCUCCCCGUGUUCGCCAUCUUCGGGGACUCGCCUGUGAACCUGACGGCGCCUGGGCAAGCGCCGGGCUACGUUGACUACACGACCGUCAUACCAUACACCCCGCUCCUCACCAACCCGGCGAACGCCGCCGGAUACUACAUCCCCGUAAAGAGCAUCUCCGUGGCGUGGCACGAGGCCGACGCCCAGGCGAUCCUCCCCAGCAGCGCGCUCGACCUCGACCCCGGUGCCGGCACCGGCGGCGUCGUGCUCAGCACCGCCACGCCCUACAUGAUCAUGCGCCCCGACGUGUACGAACCGUUCGCCAAGGCCUUCGACGACGCCUUCACAAGGGGGAGGAAUGUUCCGGAGACCUCCGUGGAGCGGGUGCCGGCGCCGAAGCCGUUCGAGAUCUGCUACAAUGCCGGGUUUAUGAGGCUGAAGCGGCCGUCGGCCUACGACGUGCCUCGCAUCCAGCUAGAGCUGGGCGCCGGCGCCACGUGGAAGAACUGGACGCUGUACGGCGACAACUACCUAGUGAAGGUGGGCGGGGCUUUGUGCCUGGGGAUCCUGCCGAUGGGGCCCGGCGGCAUGCCGGUGGACGGGGAGCCGGCGGUGGUGAUGGGCGCGAAGCAGCUGGAGAACAACCUGCUGGUGUUCGACCUGGAGAAGCAGGUGCUCGGGUUCAGCAUGCUGCUGGACUUCGCGUUGUCCAGUUGUACAAGCUCCACGUUCUUCAGGAACUAGACUUCACAGCUCUGACUUGAGCAGCCGGCUCCAUGUAUCCAAGGCGUUGCACUGCGACGCAGUGCACAGUAGAAUAAGUUUUUGUGGGCGUCUCAAUAAGAACCGAAUUUUAUCGAACAUUACCGUAAUCGUCCAUUUUGCCUAGUGGCGACUUUGGGACGGCAGACACGACCUUUAAGAUGUUUACUGUGAAGCUUCUCUGAGCGUACUGCUUAAUGC